CACUAAUUACAUGUUCAUCUGUCGCAUAUAUCUUCUCUGUCUACACAGCAGCUAGCUCAUCGAUCGAUCGAUCUGAAUCUAGCUAAAACGCAAUGGCUCGAACCAAGGUAACUGCUCGCAAGUCUACUGGUGGAAAAGCUCCGAAAAAGUCUCUUAUUUUUAAGUAUGCUGCUUGUAAGAAAACUAUUCCGGCGACUGGAGGGGUGAAGAAGCCUCGUCGUUAUCGUCCUGGAACUGUUGCUCUUCGAGAAAUUCGCAAGUAUCAGAAAAACACCGAACUCCUGAUCCGCAAAUUGCCGUUCCAGAGGCUUGUUCGUGAAAUUGCUCAGAAUUUCAAGAGUGACUUGAGGUUCCAGAGCCAUGCUGUGUUGGCGCUUCAAGAGGCAGCCGAAUCUUACCUUGUGGGACUGUUUGAGGAUACUAACUUGUGUGCCAUUCAUGCCAAGAGGAUUACCAUUAUGCACAAAGAUGUUCAGUUGGCCCGUCGUAUCCGUGGGGAGCGUGCUUAA